UUUUAGCAAGCAUGGAAAACGAUACACUGCAGCUUGGAUUUCAAAACAAAAAUAUUACUAUGAUUGCUGAAUUGUGACAAACCCACCUGGAGUUAAGUAGCAAAUUAUAAAUUAUAAUGGAACACAAAGGCCUACAAGUUUUACAACUUCAUCGAUAUCCACAGUAUUUGAAACCAUGUUGCAAAUUGAUCAAUGCCGAGUGGCCACGCAGCGAAACAGCAAGAAUGAUCUCUCUUCAAGCAUCCUGCGAUCAAUUACCGACCAGCCUAAUAUUAAUAAACGCCGACAAACUCAUUUUAGGGCAUUGUAAGCUUACUCCAAUACCGACUAUACCAAAUAGUUGUUUUAUUGAAACAGUAGUAAUUAGUAAAUCUAUGCGUGGUCAAAAAUUGGGUACGUUUUUAAUGAAAGAAGUUGAAAAGUAUUGUAAAAAUGUGUUAAGAUUGGAAAUGGUUCAUUUAUCUACAAAAGGUCAAGAGAAUUUUUAUGCUAAAUUAGGUUACGAAUUUUGCGCUCCAAUUUCAAUAUAUGGUAACAGUGUUGUUAGCAAUAAUAACGCAAAAGAUAGUAACACGAAAAAUGAUGUAGUGCCAGCUAAAAUAGGGAUUAACAUCACAGCCCCACCGCCCCCACCGAUGCCAAAACCUGUUAAUGUACAGAGUACUAUUAAAACUAGUAAAACGUACAUGUUCAAAUAUUUAAGUUAAUAAAAAUAUGUAAGUUAAUUAAAUUUUAUAUUUUUUUAUUG